AACUUUACCCAUUUUGCAAUCCUUAAUCAAAAUCGUCUCUAAUUUUCGAUCCAAAUUCUCCUUAUAAAUUUUUUUUUGUCUCUUCUUCGAUUUGAUUCGUAUCUGUUUCGAUCCGUUUUUCCUCUUUCUUUUGAUCCUAAUUUUUUCCUUUUCCCGUUUUUCGAAUGCGAUUUUAGGGUUAGGGUUUUUGAAGAUUCUUCGAUUUUUGAAUGGGUUUCUUGAUUUAUAAAAUUUGAGCUUGGAUUUUGAUUUUUCUUGAUUCGAUUUCUUCUGGGUCAGUCUAAUUUUUUGGGGAUUUUCCUUAGAUAUCGCAACUUUAUAAGAAUUCUUUUAUAAAAAAAGGUUUUCUCUGUUUCUUGUUAUUUUUCGGCCGUGUAAAAUAUUUAAAAUAGUAAAAUUUUUAAAUUCCAUUUUUUCCAGCUUAUAAUUCUAUUAUUUCUUGUAACUCAGUGUUUAAUAUUUUAGAAGCAUAAGUUCAUUUUUCUAAUUCUUUAAUUUUUAUUGGUUCUUUUAAAUUUCUUAUUUUAUUGGUCAACAAAUUCUCAGACUAAAAUGAUUCAUAAACGUUCUUACACCGAUGACUCUCAAGAGGUUGCCUGUAAGCAUAUGAGGCAAUGUGAAGAUACUGUCCACUUUGCUUCCUUUGUUGAUGUUCAUCCCAACUACGCUUUUCAAAACCAUCAAAUUUCUGAAUUCCAAUUUGAAGAAGGUAAAUGGGAGGACAUUUACACUGGGUGCCAAGAUGAAGGUAGGUUUGCUGAAGAUCAAUGCAACAAUGUUCAUAGUGGCACCAGUAAGGACUACGAAAGUGGUGCUUCUGCUUGUGUUCCUCAUUUUUGGUGGGUAAAUGGCAAUGGCAUGGAUGCAGACGCAGAGGCAAAUGUGGCAGUUCAUCUUCCACUGUUUCCAGAGUAUUUUGCAUCUGGGAACCAAGUCCAGGCUUUUCUUCAUUCUGAUGAAAUCUAUUCAUCUCUUCUUUCUCCUAAAAAAGUUUCUGUUGGACCAGAGUAUCAAGCAGAUAUUCCUGAAUGGAGCCAACAGGAUAUUAAUAGCUCCUUAGAUUAUCUUGAUACAUCAGAUCCUCAAGUUGCCCUUAGAUCAUCAUGUGCAGGCCUCAUGGUCGAUGAUGAUUAUGGGAAGAAGAUGAUGGGUACUUGUGUCAUUCCAAUGCCUAAUUCUGAAGCAACUUUAAUGUUUUGCUUUGAAGAUGCUAGACAUGGAAUUGAUUGUGACUGCCUCGAUCGUGGUUCUAUCAGAUGCAUUGGACAACAUGUGACAGAAGCAAGAGAGAAACUAAGGGGGAAUCUUGGGUUGGAAAUAUUCAGGGAGUUGGGUUUCUGUGAUAUGGGGGAGGAAGUUGCAAAAGGAUGGACAGAAGGGGAAGAGCUAGCAUUUGAUAAUGUUGUCCUUUCUAACCCCUUCUCAUUGGGCAAGAAUUUUUGGGAUCAUCUCACUGUGGUUCUCCCUUCCCGUACUAAGAAGGAAGCCAUCAGUUAUUAUUUCAAUGUCUUUAUGCUCAGAAAACGUGCCGAGCAGAACCGAAUUUACCCUUUACAUAUUGAUAGUGAUGAUGAUGAGUGGCAGGUAGCUGAGUGUGGAAUUCCAGCGGGGGAUGACGACUCUGUCGUGGAAUCUCCAACUGGUCAUGAAACUGCUGCACAUUAUGAAAACAACGAUGAAGAAGAUUGCCAUGAGGACAUUGAGAAUGAUUAUGACAACGAGCAUGGGGUUGAUUCUUCUGAAAAUGCUGCUGAUGAUUUUUGUAAAGAUAUCACUGAGGAAGAAGAUGAGGGAGAUAUAGAUGAAAUUUCAAGACACCAUGUGGAAAGGUUCAUUGAUAAUGAUCUCCAGGAUGACUCGUGCACAUCAUAUGAGUAUCAGGGGGAGCAGGUUGAUUCCCAUGGUCUGCCUGAGACGGCGAUGGAUGCAAAUCAACCCAGUCUAGAGUGACAAAUUCACUGGUGGUGGAGAAAUUUGUGAGCCUUCCAAUCAUAGCACUUGAUAGUUUGAGGAACGGAUUUAUUAAGCCAUGUUAUGUUUGAAUGUAAGUGCUUUCCUCCAGCAAGUUCUCAAGAAUGCUGGCAGAAGUGUGAUAUAAAUUGGUUUUACUGAUUUCUCUUGAAUCUUUAAAAUUCAAGUUGGCUUGUUAGAGCCAUUGAAGGUUUGGUGAGAUGGUAAGGAUCCUCAUUGUGAUCGAAAACCAGCUGUUCAAAAAUAAAGGACAUCUCCGGUGAGAAUUUCUGCAUGGAGCAGAUGAGAAUAAUUGUAUAGCAGGGCAGUUUUGUGGGGUGAGGUUAGCAUCUGUGAGUGCAUCGAAGAAACUCUCAUGGAAUAUUGCCUUCUGUAUGAAAUCUGCAAGCACUUGUACUGCCAAGACAUGAUUCCUGUGUUUUUCUUUUUUCUCUUAACCAGGAUCAUGGAUGUUGGAAAUAAUAUAAAAGCAUACGAGUGGGGACACUGCAAAAUCUCAGCAGCUCUCGAUUUGAUCUAAAAUUUGGUCUUUUUGCAAGUAUAAUGUAUUUGCUCUCUUCUUUGUUCAAUGGUGGUGGCUUCAUUUUUGGUACAAAAGAAGUGUUUAACUUCUGAUUAAGGAAAAUACUGCAGAUGUGUGAUUAAAAUACGAAACAGUUCAUGAAUGUCAGCCAAGGUUAUCCUGAAUGUGGCCAGCAAGACAUGGUUUUUUUUUUCCCAAAAAAUUCUAAUUUAUGUCUGCCAGACUGUUAAAUAGUACAUGUAUUAUUAGUAGUAGACAUUGGCCAACACCAGCCAUUAAAAUAGUUUGAAUCGGGAAUGAAUUGAUCCA